AUGUGUAUACCAGGUCAUCGUGAAAAAACGCCGAAAAACUGGAUUCCAGGAAUUACAGAAAUAGGUUCAGGCUAUGAUUUUUUUAAUGGAAAGUAUGCUUCAAGCGAAUCUUGUACGGAAAACCUUUUUGAUUGGAGCAAAGAACCUGUGCAAGAAAUCGAACUACAUGGCAAAACAUAUUGCUAUCCGAAAGGAAUAAUUGACUGUUAUCUCGAACGUUCGGACAAUUAUAAUAUAGCGGCUGGUGAAACCUUAGAAGAAUAUCAGAAGUCACUCUCUCGCACUGUUGCAGUGGGAGGAGGAUUCCUUGGAUUUAAUGGUUCUGUAAAAUUUGAGUAUGGUGAUGUUGUGAACUAUAGCAAGUUUCACAGCUUCAGCCGAGUACAAUAUGAAUAUAA